AUGAAGCUGGUGAACGGAGGAGGAGGAGGAGGAGGAGGAGGAGGAGGAGGAGGAGGAGGAGGAGGAGGUGGUGAGAAGACUGCCUUUUCCUUUAAGAAGUGCUCUGCUUUCCAGUUUGUCAAGAGGAAGGUACGAAGAUGGAUGCGGAACCCGAAGGUGAGCGUGGACAAGGCCCAGGGGAAAGGUCACUUCUACCCCUGUCCCAAGGGUCCGCUGGCCGAGGACCUGUGGUACACGCACGUUUCCUCGCCGUACGGCUGCUGUCACAACGCCGGACUGCCGGUUGGCCAGUACUAUCACCAUGAGCCGUGCUCGCCGUGCCCUGCCGGCGGCCAAACGAGCGGCCAUGACAAGAGCAAGGGCUGCAAGGUCAGGAAGUGGAAGAUGCUGGGUCGCCAUCACGAGGACGGCACAGCCAGGCAGAAGGAGGCCGAGUCGGACGGCCACCUGGGGGGUUGCCAUUCCUGGGGGCUCCACGCCUCGCCCCGCCUGGCCAGCCCUGUCAUGCUGGAGUGCUCCGUCUGCAGCGGACCCUACAUCAGCUACACCAUGGAGGACGUCUGGCAGCCGCGCCAACGCACACAGGCGAUGGACCUGUACUACCACAAUGAGUCAGACCCUGACAGCUACUGUUGCCCUGGCGACAACACUUUCAUGAAACAGAGGAGGAUGGGACUGAACGACUUCAUUCAGAGGCUCGCCACGAACUCCUACGCCUGCAAGCACCCGGAGGUUCAGUCUAUUCUGAACUUGAGUCCUCCUCAGGAUGCCGAGCUCAUGAACGCAAACCCCUCUCCCCCUCCCAGUCCAUCCCAACAGAUCAACCUCGGCCCGUCCUCCAACCCCUCGGCCAAACCCAGCGACUUCCACUUCCUCAAGGUGAUCGGCAAGGGCAGCUUCGGCAAGGUCCUGCUGGCGCGCCACCGCACGGACGACCAGUUCUACGCCGUCAAAGUCUUACAGAAGAAGGCCAUCCUCAAGAAGAAAGAGGAAAAACACAUCAUGUCAGAGAGGAAUGUGCUGCUGAAGAAUGUCAAGCACCCGUUCUUGGUGGGACUGCACUUCUCAUUCCAGACAGCGGACAAACUCUACUUCAUCCUGGACUACAUCAAUGGAGGAGAGUUGUUCUACCAUCUACAGAGAGAGCGUUUCUUCCUGGAGCCCAGAGCCAGGUUCUACUCUGCGGAGAUCGCCAGCGCCCUGGGCUACCUCCACUCGCUCAACAUCGUCUACAGGGACCUGAAGCCGGAGAACAUCCUGCUGGACUCGCAGGGACACAUCAUCCUCACAGAUUUCGGCCUGUGCAAGGAGAACAUCGAGCCCAACGGGACCACGUCGACCUUCUGCGGUACGCCAGAGUAUUUAGCUCCUGAGGUGCUUCACAAGCAGCCGUACGACAGGACAGUGGACUGGUGGUGUUUAGGAGCUGUUCUCUACGAGAUGCUCUACGGCCUGCCUCCGUUCUACAGCCGCAACACAGCAGAGAUGUACGACAACAUCCUGAACAAGCCGCUGCAGCUGAAACCCAACAUCUCCAACGCGGCCAGACACUUGCUGGAGGGCCUUCUGCAGAAGGACCGCACCAAGAGGCUGGGCUGCACAGACGACUUUAUCGAAAUCAAGAACCACGUAUUCUUCUCUCCCAUCAGCUGGGACGAACUCAAUGCCAAGAAGAUCACUCCUCCCUUCAACCCCAACGUGACGGGGCCCAACGACUUGCGGCACUUUGACCCCGAGUUCACAGACGAGCCGGUGCCCAACUCCAUCGGCUGCUCCCCGGACAGCGCACUCGUCACGGCCAGCAUCAAAGAGGCGACAGAUGCCUUCGUGGGCUUCUCCUACGCCCCCUCUAUGGACUCCUACCUAUAGGAUUUAAACACAAGACAAUCAAAAAGACACCAGUUUUAGAUUUACCGGGCAUGAACUGCGUCCACGGACCUGCAUCUUGACCCCACCCGACUUUUCCUCAACGUCAUGGUGAUGGAUGUUUUUAAACCAACCCCUGCAACAGCUCUGCAUCUACAAAAUGAAAUGUAUACAUGUGUUCUUACCAUAAUCUCUCCAACUCUUGAAUGCAUUUUGAGAUGACUUGCUACAGGAGGAUCCCUGUAGCUCAAAUGACUCACUGGGGUUGUAAUCCUCCAUUUUUACCACGAUUUACCGAUGCACAAAUUCUUCCUCCUUCUGCCUCGGACAGACACCAACAUCCCUCUUCAGUUUUUCGAUUGUCUGUCUUUAAUCUGAUAGUGGAGGUCCUUUGCACAUAGCUCAGGCAGCUUAAAAGCCCCCCCCUCCCCUUUCCUCAACCCUGAAGUCUCAACUGACAAGCACACCCCACCCUCUUUUCUUAAAAGCUGGGCUGCACUGCACCGGCUCUGAAAAUUAAUACCUGUUGAGUCUGAACGCGUAGCUCUGAGAUGACAUUCAUUUUGGUGCUUUGGUUUCUUCUAAUUUCCUGUCUGGGUGAUAGAAAAAGGGAGUCCUUUUCAGCUGAAUGUUACAGAUGGGGACAUUUUUAUUUUCUCAGAGGUGCCUUUAUUUUUCUUCUCACCAUCAGAACUCACAUCUUUACAGGUUUUGUCAGUGUCCAACCUUAUAACGUCACCGGAGAGGAACGACGACGUAGCACUAAAAUUUCACUCGCACCCGUUCUGUCUUUUUAAACACGUGAGACGUAGGAACUCGACGGAGGUUUCAUGUCUUAGUUUGCACAUAGAAACAACGAGGAUAAUGCUGAUAAAGAGCGAGAGAGCACUGCUGCUAGGUGAGAAAGCGAGUAACGUGUUUGCGUAGUUCUGCUUGCCAACUGUGUCCCCCUCACGGAGUCUUCCAUCCACCUCACAACAAUGUAAUGGCGGCAUGCAGACAGGCCGGCGCACAUUGAAACCGAACAUUCCAUGUUAAUAUUGCUGUAAUGCAGUUUGAUGGUAUUUAAGUUUGUUUGUAUAUUUGGAGUUCUGUGUACUAGUUUUAAUGUAUAUUGAACAAAAGACGACUAAAGGUAUGCUUAAAUAUAUAUAUAUAUGUAACAAUUCAUGUUAAAUGUACUGUAAAUUGUAAAAUUGUCCAAAAUUUAAGUGACCAUGUUUGGUUUGCAAUAAAAGUUUAACUUUA